AUGUUGGUGCCAGGCUACCAGCAUGUAGGGGAAGGUCGAGGCGAAUACGACGUUGAGCGAGUCCGCACCUUUAAGUUCUACAAGCCCAAAAUCCGAUGUGUUUGUUGCGGUGUAGUGCUGAUCCUACUUGGCCUGUUUGCGGUGCUCUACCACAUGGAGGCACAGGUGUUGCACCGGCACGACGAACCGCUUGGAGAUCCAUUUCCUUGCACUUGGACCAGCGGGACCGCCACGACGGUCAUGAGAACUCUCAUCGAAGCGGCAUGGAGGUGUGCAGAUUCUGACCAGAGGGCGGCCAGCGUGUCAGAGUCCUGCCAGGAGCUCUUGGAGCUGGCGCCCGUGGCGCAGAAGCUCUCGAAAGGUGAUCGGAACGGAAACGGCUUGCUGGAUCGUGAAGAGUUCGAGGCCGCAUUGGCUGAUGACAGCAGUGCCGCUGAUGCCCUGUGGUUCGAUGUUGAUGCAAACCAUGAUGGAAAGGUGGACGAGCAGGAGCUUCAAGACGCCGAACGGCGACAGCUGCUUCCCGCCACCUUGGUGGCAAUGCUUCUUGCCGCAGACGCGGACUCAGACGGCACACUUGGUCGGAAAGAAUUUCUCAGUGUUGCCAGGCCCUAUACAGAAGGCCCGUUGAUCAACAGUGUUGGCCAAGUUCCACCCGGUCGGCAUGCUUGGCAAGGACGCGGCAUCGAGGAUGCCAAGGCAGCAUGGUCGCUUCUGGACGGGAAUGGUGACGGCUUCGUCAACGACCAGAGACUGACUUCCAUUGCCGCUUGGGCGAAACUGCCUCCGCAAAUGUUGCUGCAGCUCAUCCCAGCCGGAGCAUCUUCCCUGUCCAAAGACGACUUCCUGUCAUCAAUGGUAGCGCUGCCAAGCGAGGAGUGGCCUCUCGAUCAGCAGACUUGGUGCUGCCAUCACAGAGGCAUGUGCUUCUCCACGACAACGACUCCAGUGCCUUCUGAGCCAUUGCGACCACAGUACGACUGCCACGUCGGUUACGACGACUGGUGGCAUCGCUGGGACUAUCGGAAGCAGGUUUGGUGUUGCACGCAUUAUGCACGUGGCUGUCCGCAUGGCACGUUUCCACCAAGUCUCGCGAGCUCUGCCCCAUUCGACUGCUCCGCAGGGUAUGCCAACUGGAGAAGAGGAUGGUCGGCUCAUAAGAAGACUUGGUGUUGCAGGCACGCCAACCGCGCCUGCUUCAUGUACAAUUGCAGCCGCAGUGAAGAUUGGCUAACCGACUGGACCUUCGCAAAGAAGGAGUGGUGCUGCAGACAUGCUGGCACCGGGUGCCUGAGCUCCACCUCUCUGGCUUUCGACUGCCAUGCCGGCUUCUCCAACUGGAGAGCUGGAUGGUCUAAUCCGAAGAAGGCUUGGUGCUGUAAGCACUACGAUUUGGCCUGCGCGAAGGAGCCCUUUGAUUGCAGUGCUGGUUCUCGGAAUUGGCAGAACGGAUGGUCGGCAGAGAAGAAGGAGUGGUGCUGCAAUCAUCACCAUGUCGGGUGCAAGAAUGGCGCGAGCCACACCUUUAAUUGCAGUGCUACAGAUGUCACCUGGAGUCCGCGCAAGCAGGCAUGGUGCUGCCUUCACCUGAACCUGGGAUGCCCUGACGACGAUGACGAUUUCAAUUGUGGUGUUGGUUAUCACCACUGGAGGUCGCACUGGUCUGAAGGGAAGAAGGCGUGGUGUUGCAAGCAUUAUCACCGCGGGUGUGAUUUUAACUGCAGCCUUUCGCCAACCUGGAAAACCUCUUGGUCUCCAGAGCGCAAGGCGUGGUGCUGUCAACAUAAGGGCUCCGGUUGCCCUGGCGAUGAGACGCCACGAUACGACUGCAGUACGGGAUCGUCUUGGCCAUCGGCAAAACAAGAGUGGUGUUGCAAGCACGAGCAGCGUGGCUGCGGGGCGAUGCACGAACUCUACAAUUGCUCCGGCACAAGUCAGCAAAGCUCUUGGUCAGACCAGCGGAAGGAUUGGUGCUGCAGGCAUCAUCGCCUUGGCUGUGAGUACGACUGUUCUGACUUCCACCUCCAAGAAGGGUGGUCCUCAAGCCAAAGGGAGUGGUGUUGCGAUCACAUGGGUUUUGGCUGCAGCAGGUAG